AUGGGUUGGAACUUGAAACAGGCAGACGGUGUGGGUUUAUAUUUAUAAUCGGGGAAAUGGAGACAUGAAGCAUAUUCCUUCUUGCAGCAUCACGACACCGAUAAGAAAACAUGAAAGCAACUACAUUAGCUUUCUACGGUUGUGCAUUAGGACUUUUAGGACUGGGGCUUAGGGAGUUGCUACUUGGUUUCGAGGAAAACAGGUGUAGCAUGACAUAUAUGUUCGAGUAUCCCGAAUACCGGCGUGUUCAGCUGCCACGACGAGUGGCCCGCCUGUACCCAGCCUAUGGACUCUACUUGUAUGGAGAGGGCGUGUAUGCUCAGGAGACAAGGGGCCUCAAGCUCAGUGGAGCCCCAGUGCUGUUUUUGCCAGGGAAUGCAGGCAGCUACAAACAAGCUCGUUCCCUGGGCUCAGUGGCAUUGCGGAAGGCCGAGGGGCUGGAGGGUGGCAUCCACUUCAACGUGUUCACUAUCGACUUCAACGAGGAGCUGGUGGCGCUGUAUGGAGGAAGCCUGCUCAGGCAGACCCGCUUCCUGCACGAGAGCAUCAAGGCCAUCCUGCGCCUCUACAAGGAGCACCCAGACCCCCCUACUAGUGUGGUGUUGGUGGGACACUCCAUGGGCGGUGUGGUGGCCCGAGCGCUGUUCACCCUGCCCAGGUUCAACUCGAGGCUGGUCAGUCUCAUCAUCACCCAGGCCUCCCCACAUCAGGCUCCAGUGCUCCCACUAGACCCCUACUUACUGGAGUUCUACUCUGCUGUCAGACAGCGAUGGAUCACUGGAGCACAGGACCUACGGAACGUGACUGUGCUCUCUGUCGGGGGCGGUUACCGUGACUACCAGGUGCGCUCCGGCCUCGCAGCGCUGCGGUGCCCCCUGGCUGACCCCAACAAGCUGUCCCUGGUGGUCACUGCUGUACCAAGGACCUGGGUGUCUACAGAUCACCUGUCUAUAGUCUGGUGUAAGGAGCUGGUCCUGGCAACAGUUAGGGCUUUCUUUGACCUCAUUGAACCUGAGACUGGCCAGUUCACAGAUGACACAGAGAAGAGGAUCUCUGUCCUGAAUUAUCACUUCAUCAGACACCCGGUGCAGGUACUUGGAGAGAAACCAGAGCCCAUAGUCACCUUUACAGCCCCAACCGAGGCCUGGAGUGAAGUGAACACCCUCCGCCUCUUCCACAGUGCCCCUAAGGAACCACAGGAGAAGUACUUCCUGUUUGCUCUAUCCAGUCGCAGGAAAGCCUACAGCCAUUUCCACUGUCGAAGCAGCAACUUGGAGAUGACCAGCUGGCUCUAUGGGUGCACAGAAAUGAAUGGCUCUAUGUGUCUGCAGGCGGUGGAUUUGUCAUGGGGGACGGAGCUUCUCUCUCCUUACAAGGUACUGACUGUUCGAGUGAACGAGCUGUUCUCAGUCUCCCAUCUUGUUGUCGCUGCAUCCAACCCUAGUGGCAACCAGUUUGUGAUGGAGUGUGAGUGGCAGAGGGAGGAAUCUCAGACCAUCCCUGUGGCCGUGCCUCAUGUGCUGUCCUUUGGCCUGACUGUUAGUGAUGUCACCAUCAACUCCUCUGGGCUGCUCCACACCGUUCAGCUGCAGCAUUUUCACCAGGUCUACCAGGCUUUCAGAAUCACAGUUGUGAGCCAGUGUAAAGUAAGCAAAGACCGACUGCCCAGUGUUUAUAGACUGAAGGCCCCCUGGUUCAGAGAGGACUCUUUCACUACUGCAAGCAUCCCCUCUGUUACCGAGAUUUCUGGAAUGCUUCACACAAGUCGUCUCGACAACACCUCAAGUGCCCUCUUGUUGCUCCACACUGCCCCCAACUGUCAGUAUAAGGUAUCAGUGAGGACCUCUUUCCCUAAGGUGCUGGGACAGGUUCUGCGUUUCUGUGGCCCGGUGCUUCCUGUCUACAUGGCCGUGACUCUGCUUCUCUCGCUCGGGGUGCAGCUGGGCUCCAUCGGCCGGACAGGGCGGCCAGUGGGGAUGGGUGAGGCCAUGAGCCGGGCCCUGCAACCCCACGCACUGGAGCUCCCUGUCUACCUGCUACACCUGCUCCUCAGGCAGAGCUGGUUUGAGGAAGUCUGGGUGUCUCUCGGCCUCCCGGCCGUGGAUGGCCUGCCCCUCAUGGCGGUGGAGAACACCGUCCAGAAUGCCACGGUGCCCAGCGAGGACUGGCCUCGCCUCCUAGGCCCCGUCCUGGGCCUGCUGGGGGCCACUGUUGCAUUCUGGGGUAGCACAGUGAUGCGGCUUGGUCUGCGCCUGUUCUCUCUCUUCCUCGCUCCUUUGCACAGGCCCUCAGUGUCUCGAGACUGUGGUACCCUCCUCUUACGAACUCAGGUUUUCCUCAUCCUGGCUUUGGGCACCUUGGGCGGAGUAACUUGUGGGGCUUUGUCAGUCACCACAGCCUUUCUGCUCCACUUCUACCGGGUGCUCAGGUUACAGAUGACAGAGAGGUCAUUGCGCCACGUGCUGAACCUGGCUCCUCUGAAGGUAUCCCCAGAGACAGAGAACGGUUAUGGGGUCGGUGGUUGUCAGAGUCAACCUAAGGAAUGUAAUGGUUCCCCGCUACUGACACAGUCAGCGCUGCAGGAAGUCCGAGAUGACCUACAGCUGCACCUAAGUCUCUCAGCUCUGCUCACGCUACCCAUGAUGCUUUGCGCCCCGUCACUCAUACAUUGGUCCCGUAACCUCAGAUACUCCGUCCCCUUGGACCCUGACCCAUGCUGGCCCCACACUCUCCCCCUGCUCUCGGCCACUGUGCUGCUCAUCAACUGCAACACUGACACACUCCAUCACAGUAAAGUCCUCAGACUGACCUGCCGGCUAUUGUUGCCCCUGUGCAUUGCCAUGGUGACCUUCUCCUCCCUACACCUGUAUCGAGUCACUCACUUCCUGUCUGUGGCUCUGGGCUUUCUGGCUAUUUCCUGUUCCCUCUGACCGCUCUCGAUGGGGUCCCGUCACCAAACCCAUAAGCAGGUAGAACCCAUCCCAGACAGCCUUACAAUAUAAGUUACUAGUCCCAUCCUGAAGGGGGGGACAGUGACUCCACUUCAGAAGACCCAGGCCGUGCGAUCUCACCAAUGGAGUCUCAACAGGGUAUUCCUGUGUCAUUGAUUGUCGUGGUUAGCUUGAUGUGAGUUUAUGAUUGGACUCCACAACACUCCUAUUUCUUUUAACUGACCUGGUGUUUUGUCUGUCUGUGUCUGAUGUUCUUUCUGUCUGUGUCUGAUGUUUUUUUUUUUUUUUCUGUUUGUGUCUGAUGUUCUAUCUGUCUGUGUCAGAUGCUCUUGUUCAUUUGUCUAUUCUUGUCCGUCUCCACAUACAACUUAACAACAAGCCCGUUUUAAGAUGAUGUAGGGUAAAUACAUAGCUCAUUUAUUGCUGCUUAUGUUCUCACUGCAGCACGCUCGCACUAUGUACUAUAGUGUAUCCAUGUCAUUAGUGAAUUGAUCGCCAAAAAUGACCCAUAAUCAUCAUGGUCGCCACACUACAGCCAUGUAAUUUAAUGGAACUUGACUUUUUAAUGCUACUGUGUACUGACACUUAUACUGUAUAUGAGUAUAACCCGCCUGAAUGCGAGUGCAAUAUUCAGUAUUCUAAUCAUAACAAGCAAGACCGACUGGCCAAGUGGACAUUGGCAAGCAGAGAGACAUUGUGACUCCAGACAGAGUAUAUAUCCUGUCUUGGAGGGUAAUGUCACAACAUUGACCAUAAGCCAUUGGAGAAGCUCUUCUCAGAUUAGUGCCAUUGUUUGCCAGAGCAUUCAGUCAAG